AUGCUCACGAGCGACCUCCAGUUCUCGCGACAUCUACACCGAAACACGGCUCUCGUCAUUGUUGACGUGCAAAACGACUUUAUCGAGGGAUCGCUCAAUAACAGCCGGGCCCCUGCAAUCCUGCCCCAACUUUACAAGCUUCUGGAUGAACAUGAAUGGCCACUGAUUAUCGCCUCCCAAGAUUGGCAUCCUAUUGGACAUGUGAGCUUUGCGUCCUCCCAUGAGGGCGCAAAGCCGGGCGAUAAGUCCCUGCAGCCAUUCGUCACUGAACCGACGCGGGAUUUCCAAAACCAAAGUUUGAGCAAAGACCACUGUGUCCCGGGCACCUGGGGCGCUGAGAUUGAACCAGGCGUUCAGACAAGGCUGCAUACGCUCGAAGGGUACUUCACCAGCGUCAACUAUAUCAAGAAGGCACAGAACCACACGGUUGACUCGUACAGCGCCUUUGCCGAUAACCAACACUAUCGGUUCACCACACUGAACGACGAGUUACGAGCUCACAAAAUCGACAACAUCGUUCUCGGCGGACUAGUGACCAAUGCCUGCGUGCGUGGGACCUCGAUGGACGGCAUCAAGUUGGGUUACAAUCUCACCCUCCUCUCGGACGCCACCGAGUCAACGACACAGGACGUGAAAGAUCGUGCGCUUGCGGAGCUCGACGCCUUCGGGGUCUACAUCAUGACCACGGCGGAAUGGGAAGCGCAGAACAAGGUGUAA